AUGGAAGGCGACUGUCUGAGCUGCAUGAAGUAUCUGAUGUUUGUUUUCAAUUUCUUCAUAUUUCUGGGUGGGGCCUGCCUGCUGGGCAUCGGCAUCUGGGUCAUGGUGGACCCCACCGGCUUCCGGGAGAUCGUGGCCGCCAACCCCCUGCUAAUCACGGGCGCCUACAUCCUCCUGGCCAUGGGGGGCCUGCUUUUUCUGCUCGGCUUCCUGGGCUGCUGCGGGGCCGUCCGUGAGAACAAGUGUCUGCUGCUGUUUUUCUUCCUGUUCAUCCUCAUCAUCUUCUUGGCGGAGCUCUCGGCGGCCAUCCUGGCCUUCAUCUUCAGGGAAAACCUCACCCGAGAGUUCUUCACCAAGGAGCUCACCAAGCACUACCAGGGCAACAACGACACAGACGUCUUCUCUGCCACCUGGAACUCCGUCAUGAUCACGUUUGGUUGCUGUGGGGUCAACGGGCCUGAAGAUUUCAGGUUCGCAUCGGUUUUCCGACUGCUGACUUUGGACAGUGCCGAGGUCCCGGAGGCCUGCUGCCGGAGAGAGCCCCAGACUCGGGACGGGGUCCUGCUGAGCAGGGAGGAGUGCCUUCUGGGAAGAGACCUGUUCCUGAACAAGCAGUGCUACACCCUCAUCCUCCUGGCAUGGGAAACCCUUGUGCAACUUGCAAGAGCCCUGACCGUGGGGGCAUCGGCCAUUCUGCUUUUCGCCAUGAUCUUUGCCAUGUGUCUCUUCCGGGGCAUCCAGUAG